AUGGCACAGCAACAAGAUUCAAUAUUGGCACUAGAACGCGCGCAGCGUUAUCUAGGCACCGCGUACGUAAAGCUAUCGCAAAUCACCCAAUUUGAUGACUGCCAGCCUGCCUUGCAACCGAACAGCCACCGAGUUGACACAUUAGAAAAGAAGUUCCGUCGGGCAGCGGUUGAAGAUCACAAAAAUGAGAAUCACCUUAACGCUGCGGUUAGGACACAGGGCCUUGAUCGUGCGCUUCAGGUUCAGCAGCUCAGUCGCGGGGCAUUUAAGGAGCAGUCUCCUAACCCGAUCAAUCGUGCGAGGCUCGAAUUCAAAGAUGGAGAAUUGCUAUUUCUUGGAGGAAGAUCUAGAGUUUUGGCUGCUCGUAAUAUCCCUCCAUGGGAUCGCUGGUGGCCUGUUGACCUAUACCACGAAGAUAUCUCAGAGGGACUGCGCAGGCAGCUGAGAGAUAACCAUGUAAUUCAGGCUCCCAUCAGUGACGGCGAGGUCUUCCUUACGCGUCAUCGAUAUAAGCAGGCUGGCGACUUUGGCUCAAUGACUCGAUGGGGAGCAUAUCUGUCAGAGACUAAGGAGAAGAAUCUGUCUCGCGUCGCAGAUACUGAGUUUGGCAUCGUGUUGUCGUCACUGUGCAUGAUUCCGGCGCUGUGGCAGGAUGGUGUCUAUUUAGGGGUAUUGCACAAGAUGCGGUCUCUCCAUGCCAACUCUGAAUACGUGCACUACUUGGUUGAAAUCCAGAAAUGCUUUGGCGAGGCGCUCGAGCAGAGUCCGGCUCACAUGGCCAGGCUCACGGCGAGCGACAUCGAAACUCUUCAGUGCACUGCACCAGGAUCGAGUGAAGAUGAUCGAAAGACCUUGGAAGGGCUAGUUCAAGGAGGAAAACUCUUGAAAGCGUUUGAUGGAAAUGAGCAACGCGUUAUCUAUGACCACCUUUGUUCUCGGCCAUUUAUGAUACCGACACUAUUCACAUUUUUUCAGGACAUCCACAUCAUCAACCAGUGUGCGCCCAUGAUCGCCAAGUUGAUAGACAAAAGUAGACUAGUUCCAGAAAGUGGAUCGCGGGAGCCAGAUAUCAAGGCAUCAAUGAGAUAUAUGUUCGAACGGAAAGGCGGCACGGAAUACAGUGAUAACUUUGAGGUGGAAGUGUCCGAGAACAGAACCAGAGCUGUGACGGCUACUAGUGGUUUGCGGUUCGAACUUGCAUAUCGACAGCUCUGGUUAUAUGCGAUCCGGCAUUUCCUUCGACCCGACCAUCGAAAGCAUCGGAAAAUCAGGUUUUUCAUCGAUGAGGAGGGAGAGACAAAAAUGUUAGCGGCAUUUGCUUCGAAGUUACAUUUCUCAUCGAACUCCAUUACCCAUCUCCUGUCAUGUGGAAUGCCACAAUCUAGGACCAGAGUCAUCCUGGAUGAGGGGGCUGGCACAAGAUAUGCAAAGGAGAGCGAAAGGUACGGAAUUCCACACCCUGCAAGUUGGCAAUUGGAUCGUCAACUGCUGUAUUUGGACCGUAUUUAUUCUUCACCAGAAUGUCAUGAUGGAAUCACCACUUUCUUCGUUUUUCAGAGUGUGUUCUAUCAUUUUUUCGGAUAUCCAGAUGGUUUCACCGUUGCUCGGAUGACGUCCGAACAACAAGAUCCACCACCUUCAGCUGAAUCCACCUUGAAUGAGAAUCAUAGCGAACCUGAACCUACCAGACAGACAAACCCAAAUUUUAGUGAUCAGGGCGCGACUAACAUCAUGUCCGAGAACGACUGGCCAUCGAACAAUCCGCCACCUUCGGCCGAAGCCACCGCUGAUGAGGCUUUUGAUAGACAAGAUACACCUAUGGAUUUCAGCGAAGAAGGCACAACAUACACAUCUACUGACCAGACUUACACCUCUCAAGCAACAGACUCCCCCUCGGAAUCAGCUCCUACCAAUCCUGUCGCUGAAGAUCAAAAUUAUACAGGCACCUUGUCUCAAAGGAUGAUUGGCGAGCUGUUGGAAAGAAUUUCACAACUCAAAAACGAAUCCGAGCGGCUUAGAAAAGAGAAACUAUCAAAGCAUUUGGAGUCGGCGGAUUCCCUACUCGACACCAUAGUUCGGGUGAGCCAGGCGAGCCUUUCAGAGGGAUACGAAAAUCUCGAAGAGCUCGAAAACCGGACCAAAAUGUUGAAGCUAUCACUGUCUGCGCGCAUAGAAGGUCUGGACGAUUGCAGCGGAGCUUGCUUAACAAUGACAGCGGAGCUGGAAGGUAUGAAGCGGGAACUGGAGCAACCUCUUGCAACAACAAACCAAGAAGCAAUCCAUGCCCUGAGUCAGAUCCACCAUCUAUACGAACGAUUGGUCGAGACGAUGGUCGUUCGUUAUGAUUUCUACCGCACUCAGGUCGACAAUGAUAUCUCCUUCGAGCAGCAAAUCGGUGAAGAAUUAUUGAGAGACGCAGUAGCUGUACAACACUUGUAUAUCUUGAAUACAAGCAGGGGUUUUGAUGAAUUAAUGAAAUCUAUCACGAAGGAAAGGAGUACUAUAGAGCUGAUAAUGAAAUUUGCAGAAGAGGAAGGAGACGACUCGGCGACCACGCUGAAUGAUAUCGCGACAGCCUGGGACACUGCAAAUGAGAAGUGGAAAAAGUUGGAGGCUGAACUGAGAGGCAUCAAGAUACCUCCAGUGAAUAUAUCUCAAUGCUGGGAAUUAUUCCACUGGCAAGAACAAUGGGGCCCCGUCAGUGACGAGCUUAGAGAUACAGUUACGACAUCACAAGAUAGAUUCGACACGACUGGAAAAUAUCUGUUUGGAAAAAUCCGGCACAAUUUACAGCUACAGUUAAAGAAGCAGGCUGAGCGUGUAGAAUCAAUGACUCCGAAAACAGCUGAUGUGCAGGAUUUGGCGGAAAGAGUACAAAGGAACCAAACUCUUCUGGGAGCGGUGGAUACAUGGCAAGAUCUCCAACAAUGUCAAGCGCGCGUGAAAGAGACAGAGACUCUAUUGGCCCAGAACGCUAGUAUCCACGAUCUUGGGAUGGAUACUGAACCUGAGGCUCCGAGGCUAGCAGAACUAGAUAGGAUAGAUGCUCACGUGAAAUAUGUGGUUGCAUGCUUCGUGGAUGAGGACUGGGAGAAAGAUCAGACUUAUGGGAAAUCAUACAAGGAAGCACUCAUCAAUUAUGAAAAGUCCUCCCAAGCUGAUGACAAGGCCGGGCGCUUGCGGGAAGCAGCGAUCGAGCUGGAGAGAAGCGUGUAUAAUGGUGUCCAAAGAUACCUCGCUGUUCACCGAGAUUCGAGAAAGAACCGCGAGUUUCUGGAAACAUGUAUGAAAAUCGUAGGUUGGGCAUCUCGAAGGCAGACACAUAUCGCUGACACCAUUGAUCUGGAUGUACGUCCGGGUUCUAACGAAUACAACGAUCAUGAACUGUGGUCUAAACAAUUUCGUGCCAUUCGGAAUCAAAUCUCCACGCCUAGAAGGAGUUCUCGUCUUCAACAGCUGCUAAAUAUCAAAGUUUGGGUCAGAGUAGAAUCUGGGAGAUGCCGUCCGUUGAUGAUCGAAGUCGACCGCAAAGACUUGAAAGUUUUAGGGGAACAGUUCACGAAAGGAGGCUUUACUCUUGCAGUACUCCGGGUCACUGGAUCGUCAUGUAGAUUAGUCCCCAUAAACUUCUCCGUGGCGAACCAGGUGGUUAGCGGAAAGGAAUUCGUUGGAUUAUUCGCAUGCCAAGGAUCGAUUAAAUGGUAUGAUCAAUAUGGGGCUUAUCUUGAGCAAUCCGAAAACUUUUCACGAGUGACGUGGGGCAAUGGAGACGUACCCCCCUGGGAGAAAGUAGAUAGUAGAUUCGAUUUCAAUCUUACAGAGGCUGCGGGGCUUGCAGAAGGCAGUGAUUCAUCUGAGCUCUAGCACGUUAGACUUCAAGAUCGUAGGAUAGAAUUCCCAGAUACCUAUGGAAUCUAUAUUGUUCAACCCAUUUUCUAAUUCAUCCCAAGAUCAGUUACACAGAACGGCUAAAGACCUAGGAUUCCCAUAG